AUGACCGGAAUAAACACCAACGGCGGCGAGUCACUGGAGAAGAAGGCCCCUCACGUCACUGUUGAAAUUCAUGAAAAAGAUGAAAAAGGCGGUGCGGUUGACGAGAACGACUGCCCGAUCGAGCAGGUGCGGCUGACGGUGUCGGCGGACGACGACCCGUCCCUGCCGGCGCUGACGUUCCGGACGUGGGUCAUUGGGCUCUCGGCGUGCGUGAUUCUGGCCUUCAUCAACCAGUUCUUCGGCUACAGGCAAAACAGCCUCUACAUAUCGCCGGUCGUGAUGCAGAUCUUGAGCCUCCCGAUCGGGCGGUUCAUGGCGAGGGUGCUGCCGGCAGCCGAGAUAAAGGUCCCGUUCAUGCGGGGUUGGUCCUUCUCCCUAAACCCGGGCCCAUUCAACCUCAAGGAGCACGUGCUCAUCAGUAUCUUCGCAGGGUGCGGGUCCUCGGGUGUUUACGCCAUAUCGAUUGUGACCAUUGUGAGGGCUUUUUAUCACCGUCAGCUGCAUCCCGUGGCGGCUUGGUUGUUGGCUCAAACCACGCAGAUGCUUGGUUAUGGUUGGGCUGGUGUAUUUAGGAACAUCUUGGUUGAUUCACCCUACAUGUGGUGGCCUGAAAACAUGGUUGCUGUCUCUCUCUUCAGAGCAUUGCACGAGAAAGAAGCCCGAAGCAAAAGAGGCCUAACCCGUCUGCAGUUCUUCCUAGUCGCAUUCAUAUCAAGCUUUGCAUACUACAUUGUCCCCGGCUACUUGGCCCCUUCAUUGUCCUCCAUCUCCAUUCUCUGCUUGAUAUACAAGGACAAGAUAUUCCCCCAGCAGAUCGGGUCGGGCAUGCACGGCAUGGGAAUUGGCUCCUUCGGCCUCGACUGGGCCACCGCCAACUUCAUCGGCGACCCGAUUUCCACACCAGGCUUUGCAAUUAUAAACAAACUCGUCGGCUUCUUCUUUGUCAUGUACCUCAUGACCCCACUGGUGUACUUCAACAACUUGUACCAUGCCAAGAGGUUCCCGAUAUUCUCGAGCAAAACGUUCGAUGUGAGUGGCCACUCGUACAACAUCUCCCGUGUACUAAAUGAUGCCACUUUCGAUCUCAACUUGGCUGGAUAUCACAGUUACAGCAAGUUGUACCUUAGUGUUUUCUUUGCCUUCACAUACGGCCUUGGAUUCGCUUCGCUUUCCGCCACCAUUACUUAUGUUGUGCUCAAUCAUGGGAGCAAUAUAUGGGCUAUGUGGAGAAAGACAAAGGAUGUUAAGGGUAAUAAACUUGAUGUGCAUGGGAGAUUAAUGAAGACCAACUAUGAAGCCGUGCCAAACUGGUGGUUUUACUCGAUUCUUGGGGUCGUUUUUUGUCUCUCUUUGUGGGCCUGCGAAGGUUUUGGAAAGCAGCUCCAACUCCCUUGGUGGGGGCUUAUCCUGGCUUGCGCCAUGGCUCUGUUCUUCACCCUACCAAUCGGCAUCAUUCAAGCCACCACGAAUAAGCAAAUCGGGCUAAACAUCAUAACAGAGAUGGUGAUCGGUUACAUUUACCCGGGGAAGCCUCUUGCAAAUGUGACUUUCAAGACCUACGGUUACAUAAGCAUGUCACAAGCACUCGGGUUCGUAAGUGAUCUCAAAUUGGGUCAGUACAUGAAGAUUCCCCCCAAGUCCAUGUUCAUCGUUCAGUUGGUAGGAACCAUAGUUGCAUCAACCGUUUGCUUCAGCACGGCCUGGUGGCUACUCUCGUCCGUCGAUAACAUCUGCAACACGGCCCUUUUGAAAGAUGGGAGCCCGUGGACCUGCCCUGGGGACGAGGUCUUCUACAAUGCAUCCAUCAUAUGGGGCGUCAUCGGGCCCCUCCGGAUGUUUGCGGGCCAGGGCGUGUACGGUGCCAUGAACUGGUGGUUCCUGGUGGGCCUUGUGGCCCCUGUCCCAGUCUACCUGCUCGGGCGCAAGUACCCGCACAAGAAGUGGAUAAGUCUCGUCAACGUGCCCCUCAUCAUGAGCGCCACAGCCAGCAUGCCCCCGGCAAGGGCCGUCAACUUCAUCAUGUGGGGGGCGGCGGGCAUCUUCUUCAACAUCUACUUGUACAGGGCCCACAAGAGGUGGUGGGCCCGCCACGCGUACGUCCUGUCAGCCGCCCUUAACAGCGGGAUAGCCUUCAUGGCAGUGCUUCUGUUCUUCACCCUGCAGUCAAAGAAUAUUGUGGGUCCCGACUGGUGGGGGCUGCAAGCCGACGACCACUGCCCGCUGGCGACGUGCCCAACCGAGGCUGGGGUGGUUGCCAAGGGAUGCCCGGCCAUCCAGUGA